AUGGCUGAUGUUGAACCCAACUACUUCACCUGCACACUUGGGGAGGCUUUGAAGCUGAAACAGCAAGCCGAUGGCCCAAUGCAGUCAUAUAAGACGGUGAUUGACUUGAUCGAAACGCAAGCGAGGACUAGGCCCCAAUCUCCAGCUCUUGGGUUCGCAUCACUCGACGAUGAAGAGUCUACUCGCAACGUAUUUCCCCGUGCCGUCUCAUUCCACGACCUUUGUGAACUCUCAAAAUGCGCUGAGCGAGCAUUGUCCCGCUGGGCGAACUCGUCCAAAGAUGGCGGCUUAACAGUCGGAUUACUCUGCACCAGCAGUUUCGACUUUGUGUUCACUUGGCUGGGUCUUGCGCGCUCGGGAUAUUCGGUUUUGCUAUUGGCGCCACAACUCGAGCCCCAGGGAAUCCAACAUCUUUGCGAGACUUUGGGCGUCACCAAGAUAUUUUCAGACAUGGCGCAUCGAGAUAGAGCUUCCACAGUCCCUGGCAUCGACUUCUUAAGGACCUUAUCAUGCCAGGAACUUCUCGGAUCUGGGCUUUCAAAGGAACCUCAGCGACAGUUCGGGGUACCUACAGACUCUGAGUUGCCUGGAACCACCAAGGUGCCCGACAUUGCCUACAUAUUCCAUACUUCGGGUACUUCAUCCGGUCUUCCAAAGCCGAUCCCUCAAAGUCAAUUCGGCGUCGUCGGAGCGCUACCAGUAUUCCCCGGCGAGAACAAGCCUGCCACUUUCUCAACCACACCACUCUAUCACGGAGGCUUGGCUGAUUGUAUGAGAGCCUGGACGAGCGGGGCCAUGAUUUGGUUCUUUCCUGAAGGACAAGUGCCUAUUACUGGAGUCAAUAUCUUGAAGGCUAUCAACUUCGCUCGCAACAAAGACGCCGCUCCUAUCAAGUACUUUUCGUCUGUGCCGUACGUCCUCCAGAUGCUCGCUGAGGAAGCCCGAGGGAUUCAAGUCCUGAAAUCGAUGGAUCUGGUCGGUGUUGGAGGUGCUGCUCUACCUUCCGCCGUGGGUGACAAAUUCGUUGAAGCAGGGGUGAAUCUCCUGUCGCGAAUGGGAAGCGCCGAGUGUGGGUUCCUAACGUGCUCGCAUCGAGACUACGCCAAGGAUAAGGAGUGGCAGUACCUCAGAGUCAUCAACGACACUCACCUUUUGGAAUUUGAACCUCGAGAAAACGGGCUCUCGGAACUCGUGGUGAAGCCUAGAUGGCCCUUCAAAGUCAAAACAAACCGCGACGAUGGCUCCUACGCUACCUCAGAUCUUUUCGAGCCCCAUCCUUCCAAACCAAAUGCAUGGCGUUAUCACAGCAGAGCUGAUUCUCAGAUCACGCUUGCAAAUGGCAGAAAGUUUGAUCCCUCGCCGAUCGAAGGCAGCAUCUUAGCCUCGACGAACAUGUUAAAAGACGUGCUCAUAUUCGGGGGCGGAAGAGACUACGCCGGUGCUCUCUUGUUCCCUGUUUCGAACAAGGUUUCUCAGAAGGACAUCAUUGACUCUAUCUGGCCACAUGUCAACCAGAUGAACAACGCCAGCCAAAGUCACUCCCGUAUCACCAAGCCUAUGCUUUUAGUCGUUCCCGUUCGCGACGGAGAACAGCCUCUUGAAAAAAGCAGCAAAGGUACGAUCCUCCGACGCCAAGCCGAGGAGAGAUAUGCCAAGGAGAUUGAGCUGUCGUACAAACUAAGCUCGAGUCGAUCAGCUUUCAGCCAGGUCGUAGACGAACAGCUUGCGGAAACAGUUUCGGAUUGCUUUUUGCGAGUUCUGGGUCGCAAGCCUGACCCUGAUCAAGAUCUCUAUCGUCAAGGCGUCGACUCUAUUGCCUGCAUCCAGAUACGAAAGCUCAUCGAGUCGAAUUGUCUGUCUCCGGGGAUGACCCUUCCCAUGAAUGUUAUUUACGACCAAGGUACCAUCACCGCACUCGUGAAAUACUUGAGACGUGUUCGGGGAGGGCACAACCUUGAGGAGCGGAACGGAGAAGAAACCCAGCUGCGGUCCAUGCGCCAGCUUGCUGAAAAGUACAGCGCUUUUGGAGAUAUCGAGAUAAAGCCUCGCAUAUGGCAGGGAAAUGCCGUCGUCCUUACAGGAGCCACUGGCUUUCUGGGAGCUCAUAUCCUCAAUCUCCUUCGGGGCGAUGCUCGAGUCAACAAAGUUUACUGCCUUCUCAGGGCUGAAUGUCUACAGUCUGCACAUGAAAGAGUCUCCAAGGCCCUUGUCGACCGCGCCAUGCCUGGCUUGGAGACUUAUGAAGAAUCGGAGGCAAAUCAUGACAAGAUUGUCUGCCUACCGUGCGAUUUAUCGAAUGGAGAUCUUGGGCUAUCAGAAGAACAGAGACAACGCAUCAUGGAUGAAACCGCCGUCAUCAUCCACUCAGCUUGGGCGGUCAACUUCAACCUCCGGCUCAACUCAUUCGAAGAUCAGAUUGCCGCAACCCAGAACCUCCUCAAGCUAGCAGCAGUAGCACAGGCACAAUUAAUUUUCGUCAGUUCAACAGCGGCUGUCAGCAAUUCGACUUCUACUCCUAUCCUGGAAAGAAUCUCUCAAGACCCCUCUGAAGCUUCACCGAUGGGUUACUCUCGCUCUAAAUGGGUUGCUGAACGGGUCUGCGAGUCUGCAAACAAGCAGUUCUCGAGUGACGGAGACAAUCUCGCCACGGUUGUUCGUAUCGGUCAGCUGUGUAGCAAUGAUGUUGGUAUUUGGAACGCAAGCGAAGCGUACCCUCUCUUGCUAUCAACAGCACGAGUAGCUGGGUGCUUGCCCGACAUUUCACAUGAGAUGCUCAAUUGGCUACCUGUGGAGGAGGCUGCUCAGUCAGUGAUGGAUAUUGCCUUUUCCAGUCAUGUUACGAAGCCAGAGAACGGCGAAUCACUAUCGGCCACGGAAACCCGGGUCUAUCACGUUCUGAGCCCACACGCCAACCCCUCUUGGAGCCAGAUGCUGAAAUGGGUAUCAGACGGUGAAAAAGAACUUAGCUUUCAGAUCGUACCUCCCCGAGAGUGGAUGAGCCGGUUGGAAGAAGCGCUGAAGGAAAAAGAUGGCAAUCAUCCAUCUCAAGUUUUACUAGGGCUGUGGAAGCAGAACUAUUACCGGGAUGAGGGUCAUGAGUGCAAGGUAGGGGAACCCCCGCGAAGUCCUGCAUUUGACCUGUCUCGCACCCAGCAAGUCUCCGCAGCAAUGACCGAGGUGAAGCCAUUGGACCGUGAGCGAGUUCUGAAGAUGUGGAAGUGGGUGUGCGAGACGAUCAAGCCCUAG